AUGUCAUCUUCUUGUCAUUCUUCAACUUAUCAGAAACACGAGGAAGCUGAAUUGUACAAAUUACGGAGUGUUCAGCCUGAAGUAUCGCUUCCCUCAAAUUCCUUUCCAGCAUCACCCCGUCCGAAUAACUUUCAAGAGUUCAAUCGUAGUGAAUCAACUGGUAAGCCUGGUCUUGAAAGUUUUGAUCGAGCCCCGCACCGACUGCAUGAAGUCGUGAACCAAUCGAAUCCUGAGACCAAACCAAAUCGACGCACCCUCGCUCAACCAAGCAAGACGGUGAGGAAACCUUCACAAAGGCCAGCAUUAUCGAGGAAGAUUAAAUGUGACAAGACCGUACCUUGCACCCCAUGCUCUAAGCGAGGCCGUCAAAGCAUUUGUCGCCAAGAGCUUUGGAUUCCCUCUUCGAGCGCACAUGCCGGAGAGCAUACUCAAGCGUCUGACUAUGAUCGUGUUCUCAAUACGUUGAACGACUUGAAGUUCGAGGUAAACUACUUACGAGAACAAGUGCAAGACUUGGAUAAUGUUCGUGACCGAUUGCGAGAAUUGGAAGAGAUCAUAUGUCAUGUCCACUGCGAUCGUCAACGGUUAGACAAAGAUGGCGAUGUGAGGUUUCUUUCGCCGCCCCUUGGAAUAUCGGACGCCCUAUCCGCUUCCCCUACCGCUGGAUCUCAAUUCAACGGUGCAAAUCAUACGGCCUCACCCACGACCUCUACCAUCAGCGAAAGAAGGCGAAAUGGUAUGGUAGAUAAGCACGACACGUCUGAAGACGCUGCGACCACUUUUGAAUAUCUGGCUUUAGGCGGAAACCGCCAAGGGUCUGAAGCAGGCGAUCCGAUGCACGGGUCAAAGUCAACAUCCUUUACAUCCGUCAGGAGUUCCUCUGCCAACUUGAGUGCAGCGUUAACCACUGAGAAUCGUCACAAAGAUUCUUUGCUUAGUCCUCUUCCACCCAAUACACUGGCAAAGCUGAAAUCAUCAGGAGAUAGUCUGACUAAAAGCCAAUCUGAUGUGAUCAUAGAUUUUGCCCUUGAUACGCUGGGCUGGCAACAUCCAGUGAUUCAUUUCACGACUUUCAGAGGCCAAGUCAGCACCUAUUGGAGGAAUAUUCAAGAAAGCAACAAAGCUUCUCGAAAUGAAAGAAAAGAUAUCGUCUUGAUUGUCAAUCAAGCAUGGUUCUCCCUCUACAUAGCUUUACUCAGUGUUGGGACACAUCAUAUGAGUCCAAGAUUUGCAGAAAAAUGCAAUCUUACCGAAGAGGAUUUAAAGACGAUGCCAAGACUAUGGUUCUCAGAUUGUAUAGCUGCUUUAUAUAGAUUCAACUUCCUCGCAAACCCUUCAAUAGAAGCACUUCAGACCAUCACAGUUCUGGGUUGUUCAGGUUAUGAAAUCGCUCCACCAAAUGUCCUAUGCGCCUUGCACGCCUGCGCGAAUAGUCUUGCACAAACUUUGGCGAUCCAUUGUAUCUCACCCGACCCACCUACUCUGAAAUAUGAUGAUCAAGGACAAGAAAUCGAACCCAGUGAAUCUAAUCCGAAAUGGUCUGCUAUUGAACUCAUGGAACGCGAGAUUGCAAAGAGAGUUUGGUGGGCUUUGGUUACUGCAGAUUGUAUUUUUCUCGUCUCAGCAAUCUUCAAUGUCAUCUUCAAGUCUUUAUAUGAUCAAAUCAACAAUUCCAAGCUUAUCGUCCUUGUAUGUAUCUCUCCUGGUCACUUUACUACCCCGAUCCCUCGUAAUUGGCCUGACAAAGAUUUUCCCGAAAUGAACUUUUCUGGACCACCCAUGCAAAACAAUCACAUAUCAAUGGUUAUGCAGCAGGCAAGUUUAGGAUAG